CUAUAUACUGCUUUGUGAAAUAUGUAAAAUUCUGGGGUUUUUUUGAACAGAGAAAUGAUGGAAAAUGUAUUUUCGUUUGUACUUAGCUAACCAGUAAAGCAAGCUAAUGUAGCUAAAUGCAAACGUUUAACAAGUAAUGUAACGUUAGCUCGUUUUUAACGGCUCUUGAAAUUCAAAAUGUGUUGUUCUUCUGUCGUACUAACAACGGCUGUAACUUUAACUUUUGCUCUACGUGUAUUCUGCUAUCAAUUAACGUUACAUUAGUGUGUUGUUACAACAUUUCUGCGAACGACUUUUUCCAAAACCGUUUGCUGUUUCUCACGAAUCAUAUGAGGCUAAUCACAACGAAGUAGUAGCUGUUUAUCUGUAAAAUCAUUCACUUCCAAGAGCAGCUGCCGGAUGUGGGUUUGCUUGGCUAUAUCAAAAUUGUACCCAUCUGAAAGUAUCUAGCUAAGAAUAUACACAAGCAAAAUGAAAAUAAGUGUGUUUUGCUUUUUAAAAUUAAAAACAGAGCAAGCUGUUUAUUUGUAUCUAUAAUAUUGUCUGUUUACUUGGAAACUGUUAAACUCUGAAUUUAGCCACAGCUAACUUACAUUUGGUUGGUGAAUAAAUAGAGCUUAUAGAGGCUAUUACAGUUGUUGUGAGACCAUAAAUACUCAGGAGUAGUAGUUACUCAUUUCUAAAAAUAAUAAUAAUGUUUUAAUAAUGUAAAGUUAUUUAGAAUUAGCCUUUAGGCACCAUAGAAAUCCUUAUUUGGCUAGGUAUCUACAUGAAGGUGAGUGUGUAUGUUGCACACAGUGCAGUAACCUGCAACAUUAACCUCAUUUGGGCCUUUUCUGUAUAAAUACAUAGAAUAAUUGAGCUUGCUGUAAUGUCUUUUGACCAUGUGCCUUAGGAUAAGGGAAUAUCUCUGAAGUGAGAGCCAAGUUGACAUAAGCAGCCAUGCUGGAUGGGGCUCAGUUUGUUGAGGCGUUGUCACGGUUGGGUUACCCACGGUCUAUGCUGAAAGGUUCUGAGUUUGAUUGGUUAUUUGACACGGCACCAGAUAACCUGCACCUUUUCCGCGUUGUUUGCAACCGCCUAAACCGCAGCAAUGUUUUGACGCCCGAAGAAUUGCAAGCUUACAAGGCACUCCAGGAAUCCUCUAAGCCUGUCUUGGAUGAAGCGACACUGGCUGAGCUACUUAAAACCUGUUUGCCUGUAGAUGGUGGUGUAGUGUCACAGGGCAGUUCUGCAUUGGGUGGAGAGGGAAAUGUACUGAUUGAGGAUCUUGAGACAGAACUUCAAGCACUUCGCAAGGAGAAGCAGCUAAAACAACGCAGACUCAAUAAGCUGCAGAUGCUAGCUACCAACUGGGGUGCAAACUCCUCUGCAUCACAAGCACUGCUGCAGGAAGGAGGGAAUACAGUAAAAGAGGCCAACUCUGCCUUAGCAGCUGAAAACGCAUACACCAACUCAGCUGUGGAGAACCUGUCAAAGGAGACUACAAAACUGUCUGUCUUUUUUCAAAAAGACACGUAUGCCAUAAGAAGUAAAGAUGGAGCUACCCCAUUAGUUCCUCAACCAAGGACCCCGGUGGUCCUCUCCCAGUUGUCUCUAGACCCUUUCCUCCAGCAACAGGAGCAAUUCACAAAAGUGUUGACUUCCUACACACAGCGUCAGUUUUUUCAGGGCAUCUCAGACAUAAUGGAGACCUCCACAUCCAGCCACUGCCAGCUGACCAAUCUGAGCUGUUGCAGUGGCAAUGAGGAAGAAGAGGAAGAGAGACUAGUGGAGCUCAGGAAGAAGGAGAUGGCACAACUACAAUGGGCAUAUAUAGUGGCACAAUACCAGCUGGUGAAAGAGAGAGCAAAGGAGCAUGGCGACAGAGCAGCAAAAGAGUGGCUCAUUCAGCGACUACAUAGCAACACAGAGUCUCUGUGCUGCUCACAGGGAAGCAGGCUUGAGCCUGAUCUACGUUCUGAGAUCCUCUCAAUCCAGUCUGAAAUUCAGUCCCUUAUGUUAGACCCAGUCCGCUCCGCAUUACGAGACUGUGCCCGCCUCCUUAAUAUCCCUGUGGUGCAUGGUGACCUUGCUCUUCAGUUAGCCAGGCAAAAUUACUACACCUCCAGGCAGAUAGAAGUUCGCGACCAGCUUCUCCGUCAAAAGGCAUUCUUCGAACUUGUGUGUCUGACCCAGGAUGCAGAGCUUCUUAUGGGGAAAAUGGUGAUGAAGCAGCUUGAUGAAAUACUGAAGAGGCUGGAGGGGGCCGCCGAAGCAGCUACUCUGAGAGAAAACAUUCUGACACAAUCUCACUUAACUCAAGUCCCAUACCUUGGUUCUAAUGCUAAACAACAGGUCAUCACCUCCAAGGACACUGCCUUUAGCAGGUUGCUGCAGAUGCUUGAGUUGGAUAAGGCCACCACGGAGAAAGAGGAUCCAUUUCAAACCUACAGUAGACUGGAAACGGCAGCCUUUAAAAUACAGGAGGAUUUGGUCACUGUACAAGAGGCUUUGGAUGGGGCCAGACGUGAGCAAGCCUAUACUGGAGCUCGGUUGGAAAGUGACCGAGAUGCCCUCGACCACGUGGCAUACUCUGACAUUGUGCAGCCUCUUCUGAGGCCGCAGGAGCUCACAGUAGUUCUUGAUGAGUUGGAGGUCAAGCAAAAGGCCUUGUACACAUCUCUUCAGGACAUAGUUGGGGAUUUGAAGGGCAAGCGAGGGAGGCUUGAACACAGUGCCACCCUGAGGAGAGAAAGAGAACUGUAUGUUUAUUUCCAUCUGGACCCAAGACUGCUCACCAGAGCAGUGAGAGAUGUAGAGGCUCAAGCAGGGGUUAGGUAAAAUUAAAAUGUAGGCUUUGUCUGCUUUAGCCAACAAUAUAGGGGUCCCUGCUUAAAAAAAAGUCAUAAAUAAAAAAAAAAUAAUGUUAUGUGACAUGGUUCACUGUGGCUUCUGUUAUGAAGCUCUGUAUUUCUGCUAAAGGUUAAUGUUCUGCAGGUAUGUAAAAUUGUUACUUAAUACCUACAGUGUCACACUAAUUUGCAUUUGUACUUUACCAGAUGUACUGCACCUUGACUGAAUCAUGUUUCUUUUUGGUGAUUAACAGUUGUUUCUUUCUAAAUAAACAUAAUUUGUAAUCUGA